GAGACAAUUCGCAGCCUGAAGGCGACGGAGUCUGAGACGAUGGAGACGCUGGAGUCGAUUCGAGCGAAGCUGUCGGAGACGGAGGCGCGCGUGGUUUCUACUGAGGAAGCGCUGAGGGCAUCCCAUCUAGCGCUCGAACAAAAGGAGAACCUUCUUAUUCAUCUGACGAACGAGAGAGCUGCUCUCGUUGAAAAGGCUGAGACGUACGGUUCAACUGUGGCUGACCUCGAGGCAAAGCUUCAAGCUCAAACUCUAGAUCUCUCCACAGCCGCAAAGCACAUCGAGAAGCUCGAAAAUCAAGCUGCUCAGCUUGAAUCGCAGCUUCAUGACCACGUACAAGCCGUUGAAGACAAAUCAGCUAAAGAGAUUGAGGCUCUCAAGGAACAAGUAGCAUCACUGGUCGAGUCUCUCAACUCAUCCCAAGCCGAAACAUCAACUCUCCGUGAACAACACUCGAGUAAGGACGAAAGCCACGCUGCUAGCAUUUCUCAAAAGGACGAAGUGAUUUCAACAUUGAAAUCGAAGCUGGAGGAGGUCAUGAAGGCGUACAAGCGACUGAAGACGCACGUGCAGGAGCUGCAGGACCGACUGACACAACAGAUCUCAACCAACGACAGUCUCAAGACGUCGUAUGAAGAGCUGAAUACGCAGCACGCUGCGUCUCUGACAGAGCUAGAAGCAUUGAAACUCGAGCUUGUUUCAACCCGUCAACAGUCCAGUGCGAUGGCAGAAGAAUUGCGUCAAGCUGAAGAGAAGUUUACAGAGGCGCAAGCUCAACGCGAGAGUCGAAUGGAGACGUUUAAGCAGCGGAUCUUGGCGUACGACGACGAACUUACUCGGAAACAAAAGCAACUCGAGCACAAGGAGACGCUACUAGCGGAUGCUACUGCGCGUGACGAGGCUGCAGAAAUGAAGGUGUCUGAGCUGGAGAAGGAGCUGGUAACGUUGACUGAUACAGUCGAAAAGAAGGAACUGGAGCUGCAGAGCAGGACCGACGAGAUCCGACAUCUUGAACAGGCAGACGAGAAGCACGAAGCCCAACGGAUGGAGCUUGAAGCGCAGUUGGAUUCAGCGAAUAAAACUAUCGAGAAGCUUCAUGCAGCAGAUGUCGACGUGGGUCUACAACGCGAAAGUAUCGCGCAGUUGGAGAGUCAAGUGGCCAAGUUGAAGCUUCAAGUGGAAACCGAGACGGAAGGCGCUAGCGCUGCUCGAUCUGCACUGGAAACGUACAAGAAGCGAGCACAUACUGCUCUCAAGAAGGCGUCGAGUGAGAACAAGCUAAAUUUGAAGAAAGCAGCAGAAAAUUCGACCAAGUUGGAGCAAGAAUUAGAGUUCGCGAAGGGUCGAAUAAGCGCUCUUGAAGCGGAGCUGGAAGAUACUCGACAACGCAUGACGGAGGUUGAGAAGACUGGAGAUGCGCGUGCACAGAGCGCUCGUGAGGCUCUGGAGGCGGAGAAGCGGUCUUUGGAAACAGCUUUGACUCUAGAGAUCGACAGCUUAAAGGCUGAAGUGACGCGACUGGAACAGGCCUUGGAGAACGACCGGAUACCUCUUGAAGCUCGGAUCAAGCAGCUGACGGAGAGCAAUGAAGCGUUGAAUAACGAGAUUAUCUCUCUCAAGGAGGACACCCGGACGCAAUCCGAGUCUAUGGAGCAGACAGUUCAAGCCAAGGACGACGAGAUCGACGAUUUGUCGAAGCAGCUCCAGGCUGCUCUUGCUGCUGCUGCUUCGCUCGCUACAAAUGAAGCUGGACGACGCUCGUACUCGCCUGCUAUCUCCCCUACGGAGAAGGAGCGACGGUCGACUGCAUCUUCUUCGCGCUCGUUUGACUCUGAUCGCAACAGCUUCUUGCAUCAAGCAACGAGUGACGAGCACAUGGCUGCAGCCGUCGCUGACUCAUGUCCGAUCCCGCUUGCGUCCAAGACCAACGGUGUGGAUCAGUCCAAGUCUGAGGAUGAAGUUAUGAGGCUGAAACUCCAGCUGAAUGAACUGGAAACCAAGUCUCAUCUCUACCAAAAGAAGUACGAAGACAUUUCUGCUCAGUUGGAAGACGUUAGACAACAGACGCAUCUCCAGGAACGUGAUGAACAUUCUACCCAGGCGAUUAAUGUCGAGUAUCUGAAGAACGUCAUCAUGAAGUACAUCGAGAGCCAAGUGCAGAGUGAGAAGGAGCAGCUGGUGCCUGUCAUCUCCACGCUGCUGAACUUGAGUCCGCAGGAGCAUCAGAAGGUGGUGGCUGCACACAGGCCGAACGAUGAAGGCGCAGGACUGUUCGGUGGCGUGUUCUCGCUCUUCGGUGGUGCCACUGCUGCGCCGCCACCGAAACCUCUGGCAGCACCACACAACUUCAAGCCUUCGCCUACUGUGAGUGGCAACACGACGGGUGCUGCUCUCGGCAGCAAGGACAAGAACGGCGUGUUAUCGUUCGGCAGCGACCCAAGCGACGACGAGGAAUUUGCAACGCCACUCAAUCCGUUCGCUGCCUAGUCGUCUACACGUGAGUGACGUCAGAAACUACAAUUUAGAUGCAUAAAGUGAAGAGGGAUUAUUAUAAUGCGUUAGAUUCAUGAAAACUACGUGAUAGUCUGCCAACAUUUCGAGUUACACAGUAGCAGGAGGAACAAUCCAUCGAAACAGGAUCGUUUAGCAAUAACGUUACCUUUUGUGGUGAUGAAAAUGCUAUACUGUUGCAGUUGUUCUGCUCGACAGUGCUACCCCAGCUCGAUUUUUUCUUUUGUGAUGGAACACGGUCGUCAUUUACGGCAGAGCUCAACC